ACACCACACUACUGUUUGGACGCAUGGACAAAACAUAGUACAAGUGCUCUGCAGACGUUUUGUCACAAGUGGAGUGAUGGCUGACAUGGUGCGGCGCAACAUAUAUGGUGAGCUUGCGCCUCGCUGCGCGAAGCUCCCCGUAUCGCUUCGACGUCCUGGUACUUUGACUAUUGACUAGUCUCGACACUCAUCUCCAACGCAUCGCCAGUCGCCGGCGCAAAUCAAGUCCGAAAAGGCGAAUAAACGCAAUCAGCGAUACCAUGGCUUCACAAGGCGGCAUGCCACCUUCUGUAGCAUCACAAAGACCACCUUAUGCUCCCAUGACAUGGCCGCUGGGUGGACCUCCAGUGAAACGCAUCGAUAUUCCUGCCCAAACAGUCUUCAUGGUCUUCUUCAUGAUCGGAGCAGCAGUACACAUGAAGAUAUUCCAAAAGAACAGAGCACGAGGACACAAGUUCUUAGCAAACUUCUUCAUCUUCCUCUUUUGCAUGGAGCGCAUAUUGACAUCGAUAUUACGACUCGCAUCGGUCUCUAAUCCAACCAACAUUCCACUUGCGAUUGCUGCACAGAUCUUUAUCGCAGCAGGUGUUCUUAUCCUAUUCGUUAUCAAUCUCGUUUUCGCGAUGCGCCUAGUAAGGUCAACACAUCCGUCGGUGGGUUGGCAUCCUGCGUUUGGCAUCGUGUUCAAGGCUCUUUACGCGUUGAUCGGCUUGACACUUAUCGCUGUCAUUACAGUCACGGUUCAGAGCUUCUAUACUCUCAACGUAGGAACUCGAGCGAUCGAUCGCGGCUUCCAGCAAUACGGCGCAACCUUCCUCGCCAUCGUCGCUACACUACCUUUGCCGAUGACGAUACUCACACUUCUCAUUCCCUACUCGCCGCUCGAUCGAUUCGGUAUCGGCCGUCUUCGUACAAAAGUUAUAGUCCUGAUGAUUAGCACCACGCUCCUCUCUAUUGGCGCAUGGUUCCGUUGUGGUGUUGCCCUCCAGGCACCGGUACCGCGAUCGCAACCUCUACCUGGCUAUCUCGGCAAGGCACCGUUCUACAUUUUCAACUUCCUAGUGGAAAUCCAGACGGUACUCAUGUAUGCGAUACUUCGCGUAGACCUCCGCUGGCACAUCCCCAAUGGCGCAAAGGGGCCUGGCAGCUACGCUAGACCACAGAUGAGCGAUGUGGAAAUGCAAGACUCGCGACCUACUUCCUCGGACAGCGUUCAAGAUGACACCAAGUCGACCAGAUCUUUCAGUGAAGACGAAGAAAAAGAACUAGAGAACGAGAAGGUCGAACAGCUCCCUGCCCCCAGGAUCAUAGAGAUAGACCUCGGAAACUCUUCGCGCAGCUCCCUGGCGCCACCAGAUAUUGACUUGAUCAGGAACUCGACCCGCAGUUCUCUGGCACCACCAAAGACGGCAGAUAGAUCAGCGCGCAGUUCCAUCAUCUCCCAACGCCUUUCCUCCUUCAUCACCAAGUCCACCAGCACACUAGCCACCUUUGCGACGGCGGAGCAAAAACAGAGAUGGCGAGAGAGCGAGGAAGCCAGAAUCGUCCGAAGACUAGGCGGACCAUGGCAGCAGCUUCCUAGCCCGGUUGAAUCGACUUUCAGCAUGAGCAAGAGCCCGACGAGGAGCGUCUUCAGCCGUACGACAGGAGGAGAGGGACCGGAGGCACCUGACCCAGCACACCACCAACGAAGCGAUAGCGGCGCGCCUAGUAUACCCGACGUCGUUGGAGAGGGCGGCUGGACACCAAGAAUUGACUGGGAAUUCCGCAGCCCGAAACGCUUCCUCAGUUUGAAGAAGAGGAGUAUGAUUGGCUUGCAGCUUCCGAAGUGAGCGUGUAGACUUGGAGCGGAUUGAUGCGAUGUUUCUACAGCGAAGGCGUUUAUGGAAAUGGGAGAGGUACUAGUACAAUUGCUGGGCGGCAAAAGCUUUUCCUGAUAUCAUCAUACCCAUCUGUUUUUGCGCAUAUAGUGGAAGUUUAUACAAGCUUUACGACGAUUUCCUUUUUCUGCAUAACAUGUACAAUAGCAGUCAUUGCAUUCU